UUAUUAUUAUUAUUAUUAUUAUUAUCAUUAGGCUGCGUGAGACCCCUUAAACUAAAACCAAGUCUACAUGUGACAGAUUACAGUCUGACAGAUUAUAAUGUGACAGAUUACAGUCUGACAGUGUUAGUAUGACUUUUAUCUGACUCUAUGUACUUUACUGAUUUUGGGUGUUGGACAUGUGACAGAAACAUUUCAUAGUCUGCAUGUCACCUGAUGUAAUAUGAUAGAGCCCUUCUGGGGGGGCUUUUAGAUACAAACAAUGGGUCCAUGGUCAAGAUCGGAGCUGUUCCAGAUGUGGUAUGUUGUGAUACAUAAUAUGUUGUAAGGUAGCUGUCAAUCACUUGAUGGAUGGCUCCUAAUUGAAUUAAUGCCCAUGGAGAACCUAUGUUAUUCAUGUGUAACCCUAUAUAAGCUAUGCACCGACAGUGGUACGGUGCCCAGACCAUCUUUGUACAUGGAAUGGACCCGAUGGCCAUCGUCUAAUAAACGUCUUCAAAAUAAGAACUUCGCCAGCUCUUCCUUUGAACGAUAUCAUCACACAUCCUUCCUUUCAGACAGAUUACAAUCUGACAGAUUACAGUCCGACAGAUUACAGUCUAAUUACAAUGUCAGAUUAUAAUUCAUAAAUAUGUAUGUUUGAGUUCACAGUCAGUGGUUUUAUUCUCUGGAGGCCAUCGAUCUGUAUUCUCAUCAGAGCAGCAUUAAGAUCACCUUCUCAUGUUACUUUAGCUGAAGGGUAGAUUGAAUACAGACGACAGACGUUUGACUCAAUAUCUUUUAACGUUACUUUUGGUGUCCUAAAUAUUAAUCAGAAUAAACUGGCUGUGAUUCAUAUCAACAACUGAAAUGGUCCAGACAUCUUUUUUACUGUGCAUUUUAAACUGUGACUCCCGCUGAAGCACAUCUGUAGGUAUCGUAUCCAUCCUAGCUGGCAUGUAUAGAAAUAACAGACUGAUCUCAGAUAAUCACAUUAGGAUUUAUAAUUGAUUAUCUUGUGCUCAUGAAGACUCCGUUAAAUUCUUAUUUAGCUGUAGUAAAGGUUCAUUAUUAUACCAGUUGUACAUAAUGAUUGAUCAUUCUUUCAUUAUAAACAUGAGUUCAUGUUCGUGGUUUCACCGAGUCUUGGUCCUGAUCAGACGACCGACAAUCAGGUGCAGUUUAACAGGACAUGUUGCUAUGGCAACAGAUCCAGAUUCAUUCAUACGCAGCUUCGACGAACCAAAACGUCCAGACUCGUGUCACAUCAUCAAUAACUCAGGUCGAUCAGGUGAGCUGUCAGAGAGGGUUGAUCAGCUGACAGCAGGUGGCAGUGACGUAAAACUGUGGAGACCAGCUGCCGUUAAACGAGAAGAAGAAGAAGAAAAGACCGUAGAAGAAGAAGCAGCAGCAGCAGCAGCAGGGGUCAAAGGUCAGCAUGAUGUCACUGCAGCGGUACCGUGACAUCAGCCCGGUGACGCUGCAGGUGGUGGGCGGGGCUGAGAGCAGCCUGUACUGCGAGCAGGCGGAGGGCGUGGCUGGCCAUGUGGAGGGCGGGGCUAACCUGGUGGAGUCCUUCCUGGUGGAGGUGUAUCGCUGUAAACUCUGUCAGUUCACCUGCGGCCUGAAGACCGCCAUCGGCAGCCACCUACAGCUCAGACACCGCCCCCCCGAGCUCACCUGUCUGGGCGGGACAGAGGAGGAGGCGGGGCUCCGGCAGGGAGCGUCGCCCUAUAGGCUGGAUCUGAGCGGAGAGUCGAAGCAGAGCGACGAGGACGAAGACUUCUUGCUCUACAACAUGCUGGGCAGCAUGACCCCGCCCACCUGUGACAUCACAGAGGGGGGGCUGCAGGUCGCACACACCUGUGAGGUCAGCACUCUGUUUGAGGAGGAGUCCUCCAUCUUCCCUCUGAAGGGGGCCUCUGUGGACCUUUCCUGUCCCAUCAACCCCCCCGCCACUCAGGAGGAGAUGGCUCAGUCCGCCCACCUCAUGACUCUGGGACUGUGUCGCAUCUCCGCUGCCCGGCCGCCUCCCCCUCCUCCUGCUGCCCGGUCUACGCAGCACCGCCCUCCGACAGAUGACUCCACCCACCUGCCUCCAUGUGGCUCGACAGACGGCGUGCAGACGCCCAAAACACGCCACCUGCCGUGUGUUCUAUGUCCUCUGACGCUGCCGUCCAGGCGGCUGUUGGACGUCCACGUCAGGUCUCACCGGGCGGCGGGCGGGUUCAGCUGCGUCUGCUGCAGCCUGACGGCUGACAGCUGGGAGCAGCUGGAGCCUCACUGGAGGACUCACUGCAGGAGGAGGAGGAGGAGGGAGCAGCAGAAGAAGAAGAGGGAGGCGUCACGACCGUUCAGCUGUCCGCUCUGUCUGAAGACGUUCAGGAACGCUGCGUCACGCAACGCUCACCAACAAACACACGCAGACCGCUCAGAACGACGGAGGCGCCAGCUGAUUGGACGAGCAGGCAGGAAGAAGGCGAAGCACCUGGACAGAGAGCCAAACCAAUCAGAAACCAGUGUUCCUGCCUCCCCGUGUGACAUCACAUGUUGCUGUUCUAGAACUCAGACAGGUUCUCUGCAGAACAUCUCGGACAGCAGGAAGAGAACCAGGAAAAAGACAGAAGAAGAAGAAAAGUGUGGCGAGGAGACGACGCGUUUCUGCUGCUCGCUGUGUAACAGGAAGUUCUCUACCAAGCUGACUCUGAGGCGUCACCUGGGUGUACAUGGAGGAGACAAACCGUUCACCUGUCCUCACUGUCCCUACAGCAGCAGACUGAAGGCCUCACUGCUGCAACACCUGAGGACUCACACAGGUGAGAAGCCCUACAGGUGUGCUCAGUGUCCGUACGCCUCCAUCGAUCGCAGCUCUCUGCUGAGACACUGCAGGACUCACAGUCAGGAGAAGCCGUACAGCUGUGAUCACUGUGACUACAGCAGCAUCCAGAAGAAGAGUUUGGACCUCCACACUCGCCGUCAUCACACCGGUGAGGCGUUUCCAUGCCAACAGUGCGAGUACUCGAGUCCGGACCGCCAGCUGCUGCUGCGACACGUCCGCAGACACCACACCCCCCCGGUGUGACCUCACAGGGGCCGGACAAUCUCAUUGGGCGGCUGCGGUCGGCUGGAUUGUAAUAAAACUUUAUUGAAUGUU